AGCCGCAUCUUUUAUGUCAGCCUAUUCUGCCAAAGUGGUGUAUGGAGCAGCAAGCAGUGGAUUUGCUCAACAGUUCGAGGCUCGGAAGCGGACGUCCACGCCCCGAAGGCGGCCUGCGGAUGAGCGCCUGACCCGUGCGCGGGCCAAACGAGAAGGAGGACCUGAGCCAGAGCAUGCCCAUCUGCAUGCGAGCCGUCCAAAGCACGACGAGCUGGCCAGGGCACCGAAGUCUCUGCAUGAUUCCAGGCCUUCCCAGCCGGAUGUGCGGCCAGAGCCGCCACCGCGCCCCACCACGCCUUGCAUGAACAGAGGAGGUGAUGGGGUCCGACGAAAGAGGAUAAGCUCAGCUGGAAGGCCUGGAAAUGCAAGGCCCUCGUCCGGAAGCGUUGGCGUGCGCAUGAAUCAGCUGGAAAGCCGUCUCCUGGGGCAUCGCACUGGAAACGAGGAGCGACCGGUGGCCCCGACAGCCCGAAAGGAUGCACCAGAUCAUGGCUUCCGGCAACGGCCAGCCUCUUCUGGCACCCGAGCACAGCCGAACAUGGCGUGUAUACCUUCAACGCUGAUUCAGGAGGCCAUGGAGAUGUGCAGGCAGUCGGCGGCCAGCAGUGUAGCCACAGCAUGCAGUGCUGACGGAUGCGAGGCCGAGCCGAUCUCUCCGGCUCUGUCACCCCCACCGGACCAGCUCGAGAGGCCACCGGCGCCAACGCCCGAGCAGACCAAUCAUUGGCUGCAGGGCAUGGAGCACUCGGACAAAGAGCCAGCCAGAGAGUCUCUUCAAGUUUCUCCCCGCUCGCACUGGGUGCGGCCCCGCAGCCCAACCCCGACCAAGAUGCUGGCCUGGGGUGAAGAGGACACCCCGACAGUAGAAUGUGCGACAAGAUCGUACGGAUCUCCCAGUGACGACGACGCCUUUGCCAGAGGCGAUCAUUCCGAUGGCAUCAUCAACAGAUUGAUUGAAGCCUGUCAAAUGGAUGAUGUACGUCGGGCGUUUGCUCUCUACGACAGGCUAAGGAAGAUGCACCAGCCGCUUUAUGAAGGGGUCUACAAGCUCAUCAUUGAGUGCUGCAUGAGAACUCAUCAGCUCGGCCUCGGCAUUCAGCUCUACGAAACCUUGAAAAGUUCCGGCCAGCGCGUCUCUGCCCGACUCGUCAUCGUGCUCAUGGAGGCCUGCGCCAGGGAGCAGCACAGCGACAAGGUGCAUGCGCUGUGGAACGAUUGGUGUCCUCCCAGUGAGACGUUGGGCGCUGGCCAUCGGGAGGUGCUGCUGGUGGCCUUGGCUGCGCUGAUCCGGACGGGGAGCGCAGACCUGGCGCUGGAGCUGCUGCACGACGCCGUGCAGAGGCUGGACCGCUUCGCCUGGGUGGAUCUCAAGCCGCAGGUGGAGGAUCUGCGUCAGCUCGUGGAAGGCGCUGCAGGUGAGGCGCAGCUAGAUGCCGGACUAGGAGAGAGUCUCUUAAAAAGCUACCGAAGCCUUCAGGAUCUGCUUCUCCAGAUCCUGGAUGAGGCAGACACAUCAUUUGCCAGAGAAAGAGGACGCCUUCUGCUUGCCCAGGAAGCUCCUCAAUGCUCCCAAGGUUUCGGCCAAGAUGAGUCCUUGCUGAUGGAGGAUGUUGACCUGGAUUUGGAGCUAGCUGCCAUGUGAUUCAGCUCUCCUGUUAAUGCUUGCGUGUUUCGGCGCAGUGGUGCUGAACGGGGCACCGUUAGCUUCGGCUGGCCAAAUGGGCGAGUCGCUUAACAGCUCGUUUCGCGGAGAG